GAAUCCUAAUCCCCAAGUAAUUCGUGUCGCUCCACUCUAGUUUAUAUAAACACAUACAAUCCUAGCAUCGGAAGCCACAGCACUCGCAGAGAAAGAGUCCUUAAUUUGAGUCGGUGGUUGUGGAGUGAUUACACAAGAAUGGCAGCGACAGAUGUGACGCAAGUAGGGAUUAAUUUUGAAGGGCAACACUAUGUUGACAGUUUUCCGAAAUUAGAGAAAAGAGGGAGAAUUCCCAAAAGACAAAGACCAUCAACUGCUGCACCACAAGAGAAGUUGGGAGAGCAACAAAUUCUAGUUGAAGAUCACUGCUGCCGGGAAUCAACGCAUGUCGAGGAAGAAACUGCAGUGGCCGAUCAAGAAGAAGAACACCAGAAAUCGAAUGAUGAAGAAAAAGAGUUGGAGAAUGUUGGCUUUGACGAGCACCAUAAAUCAGAUGAAGCACCUCAAGAAGAGAAAGAUUGGGUCGUCACUGCAACUCAAGAAAUUCCCCUGAAAUCUGUGGAAGAAGGAAAUCCGGCGGAAGAGACAGAAACUUCAACUAAUGAGGAAGAUGAUUAUCUCUUCUUUGGAACAUUCCGAUCCCUGAUUCGGAUUGCUGCAGGAAAUCAAGAAGAGAGAGAAGCUCCAGUUGAGGAAUCGAACGAUGGUGCCCACGAGAGAGAAAUCAUCCAACAAAACAAGAUGGAGGAUGUUUGCGUUGAUGAGCAGCAGAAAUCGGAUGCCCAGAUUAUGACUAGUAGUCAAGAAUCAACUCAACAAGAAGAAGAGGGUGUUGUUUCUCAACUCCCAAAUUAUGUGGAAAAUCCCCACAAACCAACUACUGAUGUGGAAGAGAAAGAAAUCUCUGAUAGUGAAGUGCAGAAAUCAACUACAGAUGUGGUGGAAGGUGGAGCUCAAGAGAAACAAACUACAGAUAUGGAAGAGAAAGAAGGUGGGGCUCAAGAGAAACAAACUACAGAUGUGGAAGAGAAAGAAGGUGGAGCUCAAGCUGAUGAGAGAGAAACAACUGAUCCGGAAGUCGUGGCAAGCGGAGAGACAGAAAAUAAAGAAUCAGACUCGGCGGCAGCAGCAGUGGAAGAGACACCGUUGCAAAAAAUCGAUGCGAGAGAGGAAGAGAUGAGUUUUGGAGGGAAAAAUUACGAUGACCAUUUCCCGAAAAUAGAGAGGAAGCAGAGAAUUACAAAAAGAGAGAGGCGGGGAGAGUUUCAAAAUUAAGAUUUCUUCUUUGUUUUUUCAAGAUAGUAGCUCAUCUGGUCAUUGCUUUUUGAGGUUCUUUUAGAAGUAGGAGUAUAUUUAUUUAUUUUAUAGUAUAUUUCGUUUAUUGCUGUA